UAUCACGUAUGGAGCAUACAAAACGCCAGAUAGGUUUCUAGUUUUCACUUCAUGAUUCUGAAUUCUCUUCUUUGUCUUUUGUUCAUUUUUCCUUUGUUCACACUUCUAUUCUUACUUCAUCUAAACAUUUGUGACAACAAAGACGAAGUUAAAAACAUGAACAUUGAAACUGAGAACAUCCCAAGGAAGCUCGAGGGUAAGUUUGGAGCUAUGGUGGUAUGUUGUAUCUUAGGAGUAGGACAACUUGUGGCAUGGAACACAAUACUCACUAUUUCCGAUUAUUACUAUCAAGUAUUCCCUGAAUAUCAUCCUUCAAGAGUUCUUACUCUAGUUUACCAGCCAUUUGUCCUUGGAACUAUAUUCAUCUUGGUUUUCAUGGGGAAAAAGAAGAAGAACCAGAAGCAAAUUGCUAUCGGUUAUACCAUUUUCUUCAUCGGCUCUCUUCUUUUGAUUAUUUUAGACGUGGCUACCAAAGGAGAAGGAACUCUAUUAGCAUACAUCUUUUUAUGUUCGAUUGUUGCAUGUUUUGGGAUGGCGAAUGCUCAUGUAGAAGGGGCCAUGCUCGGAGAGCUUUCAUUCAUGUGUCCUGAGUUUAUUCAGUCAUUUGUCGCGGGUCUAGGCGUAGCCGGAGCCAUAACAUCUGCUUUGAGGCUUGUUACCAAAGCGGUAUUCGAUAAAUCUCCGAACGGUCUUCGAAAAGGCGCUUUGCUAUUCUUGGCAUUUUCGACUUUGAUCGAGUUCAUUUGCAUGCUUCUCUAUAUUUACAUGUUUCCAAAGCUACCAAUUGUUAAACAUUAUUAUGCAAAGGCGGAAUCAAACCAUGUAGAAGCUGACGAAACGAAAAUCACGCAAUUAAGCAACAAAGAGUUGCUCGAUCAAAACAUGGGCCUUGCAAUCAAUCUUUUCCUCAUCUACGCCCUGACUUUGUCAAUAUUUCCUGGAUUUUUGUACGAGAACACUGGAGAACACAAACUUGGUUCAUGGUACCCUCUUGUACUUGUUGCUUCAUAUAAUGUGUGGGAUGCUUUCUCGAGAUAUAUUCCUCUUAGCAAACACCUAAAAAUUGAAUCAAUAAAAUGGAUCACUUCAUGCGUGCUUGUGCGGUUCUUAUUUGUCCCAGCUUUUUACUUCACUGCAAAAAGCGCAGAUCAAGGAUGGAUGGUGUUACUGACAUCUCUUUUGGGACUGACCAACGGUUAUCUAACUGUCUGUGUUCUCGCAAAUAAGCCUAAGAGUAAAUACAAUGUUUUGGAGACAGAUGCUUUGGGGAAUUUGCUAGUAUCUUUUAUGUUAGGAGGAAUAUUCGCAGGUGUUUGCCUUGGUUGGCUUUGGCUAAUAGGCACCAAAAGUUCCUUUUAGAUGGGUUCAAAGUUAUAUUUUCUUUCGGAAUCGCACAAAUCGUAUGAUUUACAUGUAAUAAAACAAAAUUCAUGAUACUUUUACAAAAACAUUUAUCGUUAGCUAACAAAAAUGAUGUUAAAUUAUCGUGGAAAAUUAUAUCAACAGUGUUAAAUUUUUUUGAAAAUAUAAUAUUUUAACAAAUGAAACACUUGGACAUGUAAG